CGCGCCCGGGGGCCCAGGCGGGGGGCGGGAGGAAGCGCCCGGCAGCGCCAGCCGCCCGGGCCCAGGAGGAGCGGAGCGGAGAGGAGCUGGGACACGGGUGGGGCCGCCGCAGCUCCGGAUGGGACCAGCGCCCUGGGCCCGUUAGUCCAAGCUGGAGCUUCAGGAGAAGCCUUCACAGGGAGAUUUACCCCUGCCUUCCCCUCCCCUCCGGCCCCAGGCCUUGCUUCGCUCGCGCCUGCCCAUGGUCCCAGUCCUUCCGCGGUGCGGACCCCUUCCCACCUUACCCCCUUGGUCCUCCUUUUCGCCGCUCUGUGCCCUCCUAGCCCCUUCAGCUGUGAGGUCCCCCCAGGCCUUUUCUUUGUACCAGCCUGUCCCCCAACCCCCACCCCAUCCCAGCCUCCGAUACCCCUUUCCUUCCUAACUUUAGAUCCAUCAAACCUACUUCACCUCUCACUGUCCCCAUCCCAGUCGCAGCCCCCUCGGUCCCUCCUUCCUCCUGCCACCCUGCUCUUAGUCCUCGGUUUCUGUCCUAGGCAGGCAGACCCACUCCUUUGCCCACCCUCUGGGCCUUCCUCCAUCUCCUCCUCUCCCACCCCACCACUUUCGAUCCCUGCCUGUCUAGCUUAUCCACACUUCUCUUCCUGGCCAUCUUCCCCAGGUUCCAGGCUGGGUGCUGCGUGUGCCUCCAGGGUAGGCCAGAGUGGCCCCAGGUUCUGGGGGUGGUGCGGCUGCUGCUUUCUCCCCAUGGCACUGCCAUCACUCCUGCUGUUGGUGGCAGCCCUGGCAGGUGGGGUGCGUCCUCCCCUGGCACGGAACCUGACGCUGGCGGUGGUGCUGCCAGAACACAACCUGAGCUAUGCCUGGGCCUGGCCACGGGUGGGUCCUGCUGUGGCACUAGCUGUGGAGGCGCUGGGCAAGGCACUGCCCGUGAACUUGCAGUUUGUCAGCUCCGAACUAAAUGGCGCCUGCUCUGAGUACCUGGCACCACUCGGGGCUGUGGACCUCAAGCUGUACCAUGACCCUGACCUUCUGUUGGGCCCUGGUUGCGUGUACCCUGCUGCCUCUGUGGCCCGCUUUGCCUCACAUUGGCGCCUUCCCUUGCUGACUGCGGGUGCUGUAGCCUCUGGUUUUGCGGCUAAGAAUGAGCAUUAUCGUACCCUGGUACGCACUGGCCCUUCUGCUCCCAAGCUGGGUGAGUUCGUAGUGACAUUACAUGGUCACUUCAAUUGGACUACCCGUGCUGCCUUGCUGUAUCUGGAUGCUCGCACAGAUGACCGGCCUCACUACUUCACCAUCGAGGGCGUCUUUGAGGCCCUGCAGGGCAGCAACCUCAGUGUGCAGCACCACGUGUAUGCCCGUGAGCCAGGGGGCCCUGAGCAGGCCACCCACUUCAUCCGGUCCAACGGGCGCAUUGUAUAUAUCUGCGGCCCUCUGGAGAUGCUGCAUGAGAUCCUGCUUCAGGCCCAGAGGGAGAACCUGACCAAUGGGGAUUAUGUCUUCUUUUACCUGGAUGUCUUUGGAGAGAGUCUCGGUACAGGCCCCACGCGCUCUACAGGUCGGCCCUGGCAGGACAAUCGCACCUGGGACCAGGCCCAGGCCCUCAGAGAGGCCUUUCAGACGGUAUUGGUCAUCACAUACCGAGAACCCCCAAAUCCUGAGUAUCAGGAAUUCCAGAAUCGUCUGCUGAUAAAAGCCCGGGAAGAGUUUGGUGUCGAGCUGGCCCCCUCCCUGAUGAACCUCAUCGCUGGCUGCUUCUAUGAUGGGAUCCUGCUGUACGCUGAAGUCCUGAAUGAGACGAUACAGGAAGGAGGCACCCGGGAGGAUGGACUUCGAAUUGUGGAAAAAAUGCAGGGACGGAGAUAUCAGGGUGUAACUGGACUGGUUGUUAUGGACAAGAACAAUGACCGGGAGACUGAUUUUGUCCUGUGGGCCAUGGGAGACCUGGAUUCUGGGGAUUUUCAGCCUGCAGCCCACUACUCAGGAGCCGAGAAGCAGAUUUGGUGGACAGGACGGCCUAUCCCCUGGGUGAAAGGGGUGCCCCCCUUGGACAAUCCCCCCUGUGCCUUUGACUUGGACGACCCGUCCUGUGAUAAAACUCCACUUUCAACUCUGGCAAUUGUGGCUCUGGGCACAGGAAUCACCUUCAUCAUGUUUGGUGUUUCCAGCUUUCUCAUUUUCCGAAAACUGAUGCUGGAGAAGGAGCUGGCUAGCAUGCUGUGGCGCAUUCGCUGGGAGGAGCUGCAGUUUGGCAAUUCAGAGCGAUAUCACAAAGGCGCAGGCAGUCGCCUCACACUGUCGCUGCGGGGAUCCAGUUACGGCUCGCUUAUGACAGCCCAUGGGAAAUACCAGAUCUUUGCCAACACCGGUCACUUCAAGGGAAAUGUUGUUGCCAUCAAACAUGUGAAUAAAAAGCGUAUUGAGCUGACCCGGCAGGUUCUGUUUGAACUCAAACAUAUGAGAGAUGUUCAGUUCAACCAUCUCACUCGCUUCAUUGGUGCUUGCAUAGACCCUCCCAACAUUUGCAUCGUCACUGAAUAUUGUACUCGUGGGAGUUUACAGGAUAUUCUGGAAAAUGACAGCAUCAACUUGGACUGGAUGUUUCGUUAUUCACUCAUUAACGACCUUGUUAAGGGCAUGGCCUUUCUCCACAACAGCAUUAUUGCAUCCCAUGGGAGUCUGAAGUCCUCCAACUGUGUGGUGGAUAGUCGUUUUGUGCUCAAAAUCACGGACUAUGGCCUGGCCAGCUUCCGAUCAACUGCAGAACCUGAUGACAGCCACGCCCUCUAUGCCAAGAAGCUGUGGACUGCUCCAGAACUGCUCAGUGGCAACCCCUUGCCCACCGCAGGCAUGCAGAAGGCUGAUGUCUAUAGCUUCGGGAUCAUCUUACAGGAGAUAGCACUUCGCAGUGGUCCUUUCUAUGUGGAGGGCCUGGACCUCAGCCCCAAAGAGAUUGUUCAGAAGGUCAGAAAUGGUCAGCGGCCAUAUUUCCGGCCUAGCAUUGACCGGACACAACUGAAUGAAGAACUAGUUUUGCUGAUGGAGCGAUGUUGGGCCCAGGACCCAGCUGAGCGGCCAGACUUCGGACAGAUUAAGGCCUUCAUUCGCCGCUUUAACAAGGAAGGUGGCACCAGCAUACUGGACAACCUCCUGCUACGCAUGGAGCAGUACGCCAAUAACCUGGAGAAGCUAGUGGAGGAACGCACACAGGCCUAUCUGGAGGAGAAACGCAAAGCUGAGGCUCUGCUCUACCAAAUUCUACCCCAUUCAGUGGCAGAGCAGUUAAAACGGGGAGAGACGGUCCAAGCUGAGGCCUUUGACAGUGUUACCAUCUACUUCAGUGACAUCGUUGGCUUCACAGCUUUGUCAGCAGAGAGCACCCCAAUGCAGGUGGUGACACUUCUUAAUGACCUGUAUACCUGCUUUGAUGCCAUAAUUGACAACUUUGACGUCUACAAGGUAGAGACGAUUGGAGAUGCCUACAUGGUGGUAUCUGGUCUCCCAGGCCGAAAUGGUCAACGCCAUGCCCCGGAAAUUGCUCGUAUGGCCCUAGCGUUACUAGACGCAGUUUCUUCCUUCCGCAUUCGCCACCGACCCCAUGACCAGCUGAGGCUACGCAUUGGGGUCCACACAGGACCCGUCUGUGCUGGGGUCGUUGGCCUGAAGAUGCCCCGCUAUUGCCUUUUUGGAGACACGGUGAACACUGCUUCCCGAAUGGAGUCUAAUGGUCAAGCCCUGAAGAUCCAUGUCUCCUCUACUACCAAGGAUGCCCUGGAUGAGCUAGGAUGCUUCCAGCUAGAGCUUCGGGGAGAUGUGGAGAUGAAGGGAAAAGGAAAGAUGCGAACUUACUGGCUCCUAGGAGAGCGGAAAGGACCUGCUGGACUUCUGUAAACCCCAAUCCUUUUCAAGUCAGAUAAUCUCCUGCUGCUGGUACCUGGGUAGGCAGUCGCUAUCAUCUCUCCAUACACCAGAAAUGGACAUUAUCGUAUGAGAUGGAAAUCACCCUUAUAUGGAAGUUGUUGACCUUUGCAGCUCAGCCUUGUACAUAUACCUGCCCCUCUCUGACCUGGUCCCCUUCUUCCCACCUUCUGUAAAUAUCUGUAUCUAAACCAGAAUAUUUUGGCCAAUUAUAAAACAACAACAACAACACCACCCAUGAUGGCAUAGUCUGGGCAGCUCCAAGGAAAGGUUAUGGGGGUAUGAACAUGGAAACUCAGGGAAUCACUGAAUUAGCAGACUCAGAAUCACAAAGAACCCUUUAUGUGAAGCCCCUUCCGCAAGUACACACAGAAUUCAUUUCCUCCCCACCUUUCCAGUACAGACAGAAAUAGAUUCCAUAUUCCACAUCUCACUUCCCUCCUCAGCCCUUAGACAGUUCUAUCCCCUCUGCCACCCUGCCCUCUUCCCUCACAGCCAAGGGAAGAGAUUUCUCCCAAUUGGUAGCAAUAAUUCUCAGGUUCAUAGGGCAAAGGCUCCCCCAGGGACAAAGGCACUGGUGUUGAGAAGCUGCAGUUCUUCCGGAAUGGUGUGUCCAGUGUCCUGAUGUUACUGACACCCUGUAGGAAUGCCAGAAUGAGGACAGAUCCUAUUCUGCCGAGCUAGAACAGAACCUCUUCCCGUCCUUCUUCCCUCACUCCUCCCAACACCUAGUCACCCACCGGUAGCUGUGGUGCCCUCUGUAUCCAGAAAGUUUCAGGCUGCUCCUUACGGUAGUCAUGAGGCUGUGAGGGAGAAAUAACUAAAUAACUCUUGGCCUAAAGCUUCCUCUCUCAGCCUCUGCAUCUGCUGCUUUCCCACAGCCCCACAGAGCCCAGCUGAA